AUGGAAUCUUCAUCUAUUGUGAGCUUUAACAAUGAUUCUACUUACCAAUCUACAUUAAAGGGUGAUAACCUUAGCGUACAUGAGCUGGCUCUUCACGCAAUGAGAGAUAGGUGUCUUCUUCUUCAGAGAAGAAUAAAUUCAUUAGAAAGUGAUAACAUAAAACUCAAACUAGAUAUAACUAAAGCUACAGAAAAUGUUUCUUACACUCCACUUCGAGAAGAUGAAAAAUUUGCUUUGGAGCAAAAAAUUGCAGAGUUAAAUAAGCAAAAGUCUCAACUUUUACAUCAUGUUUUUAUGGUUUCCUGUGAGAAUAAAAACUUAUGGGGAAAAAUUGCAGCAAUGAAGGGACCUGAAAAAGUAAAUGCAAAGGAACAUAUAAAGCAACCAUUAGUGCGUACUAACACAUACAUCCAUAGUUCACCAAAAUCUAAUGCACAAUAUAUAGAAAAGUAUACUGAACCAAGCUUAGAAGAAAUUUCCCUUAAAUUAGUUAACAGUUACAUUCAGGAAAAAUCCCAGCUGGUAGAGCAAUAUGAACAAAUGGCCCAACUCCAAGAUUUAGAAGACGACUGCACUUUGAACAUUGAUUCUAUAGGUUUUAAUCUUAUGGAAGAUCCAGCUACUGAUUCUUUGAAAGAAAUUAAAAAACAAACUGACAAAAUGCAAUCUUUAACAAAAGAUGUAGCACAACAGGAAAAGGAUAUUAAAACUGUUAUAACAAGAUUAGAAACUUUAUUAAAUGAUGGCUAUAAAUGUUCCACAUGCAAAGCAAACAAAGGGAUAUCUGUUAAAAUGGAAGAUAAGGAAACUGAAAUUAGCAAUAGUCUUGUAAAUUUUGCAACACAAACAGAUUCUGUUCUAUUUGAUAAUUUUUCAGAUUUAAAUACUACAUUAGAUAAAAAGAGUGUUGAGAAUGUUGAAAAUAAUCAAGAGUACUAUGAUAAAAUCUGUCCAAUGUGUGGAGAUACUUUCAAGGACGAUGUAGGGUUUGUUGACUUUCAAACUCAUGUAGAAAGUCACUUUAUAGGACCAAGUGAUGAAGAUUCUUUAGAAAACUUUGAGCACAGAAACUCUUUUGAUAUAAUAUAA